AUACCAGGCGGUCUCACUGCUCCAUCACCAGCCACUGGGAACGGGGUUGCCCGGGAAACGGCCGCAUGGCAACAGGAUCAGAGCCUGGGGGUUGUCUGCUUCCAGCUCUGCUCCCAUUUUAAACCGCCUUUCCUCGCUAGAUGGUGUGCAAGCCACUGGAGAGUACACUUCCCCGCACAGUGGGCUCACAGCAUCGAACGAACCCGGGACAACUCACCUCACGCUCGUAUAGCUGGCUGCGCGGAGAGUGGAGAUAAAGCCUCACUUCAAGGUUUUGCUCACAUUUUUGGCAGACUUGGAAUAAAAAAACAACAAGCGGCGACCACAUCCAGCUGUGACGGACAUAAUGAUUGCAGUGACGGAUGCUUGUGUUUGUGGUCAGUGGCUUAGUGCGGUCCUCCUCAGCCUGUGCUGCUUCCUGCCAUCGUGCUUGCCGGCGGGGCAAGUUGUGGACUAUUCCUCGGUGGAAAGUGUGGUCAGCAGGCAAGGCGACACGGCUCUACUAAGGUGCUACCUGUUGGAUGGGAUCUCAAAAGGAGCCUGGCUGAACCGCUCCAGCAUCAUCUUCGCAGGGAAUGACAAAUGGUCGGUGGACCCCCGCGUGUCCAUCGUGUCCAGCGUUGGAGACAAGCACGAGUACAGCCUUCAGAUACAGAAGGUGCAUGUAACGGACGACGGCCAGUACACAUGCUCCAUUCAAAGCGAACGCAACCCGCGGCCAAAACUCCUCAACCUCAUUGUAAAAGUUCCUCCCAAGAUAUAUGACAUUUCCUCUGACAUCACAGUAAACGAGGGCAGCAACGUGUCGCUCAUCUGUACAGCCAGCGGGAAACCUGAGCCAGCCAUUUCCUGGAGACACAUAACCCCAUUAGCCAGGAAGUACGACAGCGGUGAAUAUCUCAAUAUCACCGGCAUCACAAGGGACCAAGCCGGGGACUACGAAUGCAGUGCUUUAAAUGACAUCGCCUCUCCUGACACCAAAACAGUAAAAGUCACAGUCAACUUUGCCCCAUCCAUCCAUGAGAUGAAAAGCAUUGGAGUUAGCCUGGGACGCACCGCUCUACUGCGGUGCGAGGCGGCUGCCAUGCCUUCGCCAACGUUUGAGUGGUACAAGGGGGAGAAAAGGAUUAACAAGGGUCAGGGCAUCGACAUCAAGAACCUCAGUUCCAGAUCAGUCCUCACGGUGACCAACAUGACAGAGGAUCGUUACGGGAACUACACGUGUGUCGCCACCAACAAACUCGGGACCGCUAACGCCAGUGUGCCUCUCAUUCCGAUUAUUGAACCCACCACCACUAUCGCUGUCUCAAGCCCAGCACCCAACACUGCGCCGUACGGCAGCACAGGAAGUGCACACAUCCCGCUGGCCUGCAGAUACCUGGUCCUGGCUCUCACCUUGAUGGGCGUGUACUAGCGGCGGCACGGAAAGCAAAGUGACUGUGAAGAGCAUUUCAGAGGCUUUGUGGACGAGGGAUUCAGUAUGGGUGCGGCAAAGAAGGAAAAUAUUCACUCGCUUUUCUUUUUGUCACAGUGAACUUCAUGUAAAUACUAUUUGUUGUUACUUUUUUAUGUUCUGAUUGAUGGAUGAAUCAGCCCCUCCCUCCUGCCUCACAUCCAAUCACAUCAUCAGCUCAGUUUUCCCCUAACGUUUGUGUCGUUCAUCUCCACGCCUGGAGAAGAACAACUGUGCCAAUUUUCUCAGUACACACAAUUACCAUGACAGUAUUCUUUGAAUGUAUUAUUGCAGGCUGAGUGAAGGAAAAACAUGUUUAUAUCAGAAACAGUGACGUCUCUUCACCGUCUUUGCCAGCUUGGAUCGGGCCGUCAAAGUAGCAACGUCAACUGUCAUCUAUCCUUAUUUUCCACUUCACUUAAUAAUUUUGUUUUGAAACGAUGGCACACAUGAAGGGAGGAACGCCGCCGCCUUUUUUCCGUGUGUCUGCUCGCGGCUACAGAUGCUUUCGUUGGCGAAGGAAAAAGCAGAGCUCACUCGCUUCGCUUGUGUGUUGACGAUUUUGUGGUUGGUAGCAUGACAUUCAUAGAAACGGGGGAGGGUGCUUAAUUUCUGUUACAAAUGAUUCCAUUAUUUUAUACAGUAUACAGUAUGUCUGCAUGGCGUUAUACCACAGUGUUGGGGUCCUUACGAAAUGUGUUUCCGCUGCGUUCAAGAAUGCUGGGAAGUCUCAGACUUCUAAAUGAAAGAACAUGGAUGACCGCAAAAAGCAAGUUACCCAAAUAUAAGACCCAUUUUUUUCCCCUAGAAAUAAGUCUGAAAAAGACAAGUCGUCUUAUAUUCGCGACUUGUCAGAGCUCUUCUUCCUGUCAUGAACACACACCAGGCACCUGAAGGCAACACGCUGGAAAGAAUUUUUUUUUCAAUGUCUAAAAACGAUGACUGAAAAAGAGGUUUUAUAUUCAAGGUCGUCUUAUAUUCUGUUCUUAUUUCCAAUUUAAUGACAUAUGACAUGCUAACAGCUAAAAACAAUGUAGCAACACAAGCGGAAUCUCAUGGCGUUAUACCACAAUGUUGGGGUCCUUACGAAAUGUGUUUCCGCUGCGUUCAAGAAUGCUGGGAAGUCUCUGACUUCCAAAUAAAAAAAAACAUGGACGACCGCAAAAAACGAGUCACCCGAAUAUAAGACCCAUUAUUUUUCCCUAGAAGUGUGAAAAAGACAAGUUGUAUUAUAUUUGCGAAUUGUCAGAGCUUUUCUUCCUGUCACUAACACACACCAGGCACCUGAAGGCGACACGCUGGAAAGAUUUUUUCAAUGUCUAAAAACGAUGACUGAAAUAGAGGUUUUAUAUUCAGUGUCGUCUUAUAUUCUGAGCUUCCCAGUUUUCUGGACUGCAGCAUUUUUCUCCAAUACCAUUUUUUUGGCCUGUAAUGAAAAAUGCUUAUUUCCAAUUUGAUAACAUAUAACAUGCUAACCGCUAAAAACAAUGUAGCAACACAAGCGGAAUCUCAUGGCGUUAUACCACAAUGUUGGGGUCCUUACGAAAUGUGUUUCCGCUGCUUUCAAGAAUCCUGGGAAGUAUCUGACUUCCAAAUGAAAAAACAUGGACGACCGCAAAAAACGAGUUACCCGAAUAUAAGACCCAUUUUUUCCCCGACAAGUCUGAAAAAGAUUAGUUGUCUUAUAUUCGCGACUUGUCAGAGCUUUUCUUCCUGUCAAAAAAAAAAGUUUCAGCAUAUGAUUUUUUUUCAAUGUCAAAAAACGAUGACUGAAAAAGAGGUUUUAUAUUCAGGGUCGUCUUAUAUUCUGAGCUUCCCAGUUUUCUGCACUGCAACAUUUUUCUCCAAUACCAUUUUUUUAAUUUGGCCUGUCAUGAAAAAUGCUUAUUUCCAAUUUGAUAACAUAUAACAUGCUAACAGCUAAAAACAAUGUAGCAACAGGCGCGGAAUCUGAAGUCCAAAUAAAUCCAGUAUUCUAUUUUAUUUUGUGAAUUCAAUCCAAAUGUUCCAUUGUAACUCGGAGUAUUUAACAUAUUCACCCUCUAGUAUUUUAUCAGUCUGCCGUGUACACGGAUACUCUAAUGCCUUAAUCGUCACGCAAGGUCAUUCCCAGGCGGGCCGAUUCAAUUCAAUCCAAACAAACCGAAAACGAGGCAAUUAGGUACAAAUUCAAAGUACUUGGAUGUAGUAGUAUGCUUGUAUGCAGUAACCUCACAUGAACUUGCAACUGAAAUAGCCAUGACAGCUAAAGCACAAACACUGUUAGCGCUUGUGUGGUGAUUUUUUUUUGUUCUGUUCUUAUUGUUAAGAAAAAAAAAGAACAAAUGUGCAGCAUAUGAUCUUGUGUUAAAUGUGAACUACGAUGAACAUAUAUUUAUUUGCUUCCAGUAUGAAAACAGUGUAUAAAGAACGUGUGGAAGAGGCACACAGGAUGGCACAUUUGGGUUUGUUUGUUUAAAAAAAAAAAAUCUAUCCGUGUUUGCAAUCCACUAAGCUACUUUUUAAAGUGCAGGGGGAGCGCACCAAUAUUACAGUAUUAUACAGCAGAUGUGUGUGUGGAUAAAAUAUAGAUACUUUGUAUCUGUAGAGUGUGUCGUUCUUGUCUUCACACCCCUGACGUGCAAAGAGCGUCCAACGUCGAUGACAUUCCUUUGUUUGCUUUCUACAUUUGAUUCUUUUUGGCCAAACCGUUUUUGACUUUUGACCUUUUUACAUCGGAUUCUUCCGAGCAACCACGGCCCGCUAGUAUUCCAUGUAAAAUACCACCAGUGUUGAAUCGGUUGGAUGCAAGCAGAAAAGAAAGUCUUUAUUAAAUCCU